GUUUCCCCGGCUGCCUCAGAGGUAGAAGCUAAGGCGCAGCAGCAGCAGACAGACAUACAGCUGUGUGUUUGUUUGAGAGCUCAUAGCGGUGGCUCCCCCUCUCUUUCUCCACUACUCAGCUGGUGUUGCGACCUCACCACCAGGCUCUCUCUCUCUCUUUCUGCUUCUGGUUUGCUUACUUUUCGCCUGAACUUUACUUGCUUAUGUUGCGUCGAGCAUCACAGCUCUGCGAGAGGUUUUGGAGAACUUCCUUCGGCGAGAUGGACUGAACCAGUUCUCCUGUCAGGAGUGCGGAUACUUCAAACAGAAGACGUGUGUUUUGUUUUUUAACUAUUUAUUUUAUUUUAUUGAGAGAUUUCGACCUGUUUUCUCCAUCAUGGAAGAGAACGAGGGGCAUCAUGAGAACGGUGUUCACGUCGUGAAGGACUCGGACAGACAGCAGCGGCUCCGGCUCUGCGUUUUGAACGAAAUACUCAACACAGAGCGGGACUAUGUCCGGACGCUGCUCUUCCUUCAGUCGGCGUUUCUUCAGAGAAUCAAGCAAAUUCCAGAUGACCAACAGUGUCUUUCACCUGAACACGUCAAGAUCCUGUUUUCCAACAUUGAGGACAUCCUGGAGUUGCAUAGAAAAGUGCUCUCUGCUGUGGAGGCCGGCUUGCAGCCCGAACCUCAUCCUAACCACUCGCUGGGCCACGUGUUCCUGCAGUUCAAGCAGAGCUUCUCAGUUUAUGGCGAGUACUGCAGUAACCACGAGAAGGCUUUGCGACUUCUGAUGGAGCUCAACAAGAUUCCCAACAUACGGACCUUUCUACUGCACUGCAUGCUGCUGGGAGGAAAGAAGAGCACAGACAUUCCCCUGGAGGGUUACCUUCUCACUCCCAUCCAGAGGAUCUGCAAGUAUCCUCUGCUGCUCAAGGAACUACUUAAAAGGACUCCUAAGAAGCAUGCAGACUACCCUGCCGUGGAAGAGGCUCUGCAGGCCAUGAAGGCCGUCUGCUCCAACAUCAACGAGACCAAGAGGCAGAUGGAGAAACUGGAGGCUCUGGAGCAGCUGCAGUCCCACAUCGAAGGCUGGGAGGGAACCAACCUGACGGAUAUCUGCACGGAGUUGCUCCUUCAUGGAAAUCUCCUGAAAAUCUCGGCAGGCAACAUCCAGGAACGUGUUUUUUUUCUGUUCGACAACCUUUUAGUUUACUGCAAAAGGAAGUCCAGAGUGUCUGGGAAGAAAUCCACCAAGAGGACCAAGUCCAUCAACGGGCCUCUCUAUGUGUUUAGAGGCCGGAUCAACACUGAGGUGAUGGAGGUGGAAAACGUGGAAGACGGAACAGCCGACUAUCACAGCAACAACUACACAGUGACUAAUGGCUGGAAGAUUCACAACACGGCUAAGAACAAGUGGUUUGUCUGCAUGGCCAAAAAUGCAGAGGACAAGCAGAAGUGGCUGGAUGCCAUCUUGAGGGAAAGGGAGCAAAGAGAGAGUCUGAAGUUGGGAAUGGAGCGGGACGCCUACGUGAUGAUUGCUGAGAAAGGAGAGAAACUCUACCACAUGAUGAUGACCAAGAACAGGCACCUGAUCAAGGACCGCCGCAAGAAGCUCAGCAUUGUGCCCAAGUGCUUCAUGGGAAAUGAGUUUGUGUCGUGGCUGAUUGAAAGCGGAGAGAUCAGCAACGCCGAUGAGGGAGUGAACCUGGGACAGGCCUUACUGGAAAAUGGCAUCAUUCACCACGUGUCAGACAAACACCAGUUCAAGAACGAACAGGUCUUGUACCGCUUCCGCUAUGAUGACGGCACCUACAAGGCCCGCAGCGAACUGGAAGAUAUCAUGUCAAAGGGUGUCAGGCUAUACUGCCGCCUCCACAGCCUCCACACACCCGUCAUCAAGGACAGAGACCACCAUCUGAAAACCUUUAAAUCUGUUUUGCCUGCUUGCAAACUGGUGGACUGGUUAAUCUCACAGGGAGACUGCUCCAACAGAGAGGACGCUGUGACACUGGGUGUGGGCCUCUGCAACAGUGGCUACAUGCACCACGUUUUGGAGAAGAGCGAGUUUAAAGAUGACUCGCAGUUCUUCCGUUUCUAUGCUGAUGAAGAAAUGGAGGGAACCGGCACUAAGAGCAAGCAGCUGCAGCGAAAUGACUUCAAACUCAUAGAAAACAUCCUGGCCAAGUCCCUGGUGAUUCACCCUGAGGAGGAAGACUAUGGCUUCGAGAUCGAGGAGAAAAACAAAGCCAUUGUGGUGAAAUCUGUCACCAGGGGCUCACAUGCAGAGAUGGCCGGCCUGCAGGUGGGCAGGAAGAUUUACACCAUCAACGAGGACCUGCUGUUCCUCCGGCCCUUCUCCGAGGUGGAGGCCAUGAUCAACCAGGCCUUCUGCAUACGACGCUCUCUGCGGCUGCUGGUCGCCACCAAAGCCAAGGAGAUCGUGAAGAUCCCUGACAACCCAGAAAGCCUCUCCUUCAGGCUGUCUGGGUCAGAACCACCACAUGUCCACGCUGUGAGGAAAGGUUGGGAGGCGGCCGCAGCAGGGCUUCAGCCUGGCCAGGUCAUCCUGAAGGUCAACGGCAACAACAUGAACCGCAGCUAUCACCAGGAGGUCCUGGAGCACUUCAGCGCACAGCACACACACCAGGAGUCCCCCCAGGCAUGUCAGUGGGUUUAUCGCGCCUUUGAGGAUGUCGAGGAGCUCCAGAGACCAAGCAGUGCUGGUGAGAAGGAGGAGAGUCCAUUCAGGCCUUACCCAGUGGAGAACGGCUCCAACCAUGAGCAGGGUACCACCACUAAUGGAACAGACCACAGGCUCUUCAGACUUUCCUUGUCCGCUGAUCUGCCCCUGGUCAGCCUGACGGUGGAUAAUGUCCACUUGGAGCACGGAGUGGUUUACGAAUACGUGAGCACCGCUGGAAUCAAGAGCCACGUCCUGGAGAAGGUGGUGGAGCCCAAAGGCUGCUUCGGCCUGACUGCUAAGAUCCUCGAGGCGUUUUCUGGUGAUGACAGCCUCUUUGUACGCAAUUGCAGCCAGCUCAUCUCCCAGAGCGACCGAGUCGUUACUAUGCCACAGUACGAGUUCAGACAAAUCUGUGACACCAAGUUGGAGAGCGUCAAACGUCGUAUCAGCAGCUAUCAGGAGUUUGCUAAGGAGCUGAGGAACAAGGUGUGGCCAUCCUUCAGGCAGGCUGGCAUUCGCCCUCACCCGCUGGGCUGCAUGGACUUUGUUCCCACAAACUGCCAUGUCAACCUGAUGCAGGUGUCAUAUCCCAAAAGCGCCACGUCUGCAGGCAGGACUUUCAGCAUCCGCUUUGGUCGCAAAAACUCCCUUUAUGGCAUGGACCCAGACCAAGCUCAGCUCAACCCCAUGUCACACACCCAGCACUGUGUGACCAGCAUGGGCUCUCCUUCCUGGAGCUGCUCCGGCCUGGAGGGCAGCGAGGCCGACGGCAGCGCGGAGGAGACCCCGGACGGAGGCGAGGGCAUCCAGGGAGAAGGCGGGCUGAGCUUCCUGCUCAAACAGGAAGACACAGAGACGCAGGACGCCUACAUCCACCUGUACAGCCGCUUGGACUUUGCAGUGAGGGAGAUGAAGCAAUAUGUUGCUCAAAUAGACGUCCUCCUGUCGUCGAUCACUGAACCCACCCAGCUGGAGGGAGAGGGCGGGGAGCCCCCUGCUGACGAGUCGGGUCAGCCCUUGGCCCCCUGCGAAGACGGCUGUGAGCAGGACAAAGCAGAGCCAGGUGGCAUUAAAAAGGUUUGCUUCAAGGUGAACGAGGAGGACCAGGAGGACUCUGGGCACGACACCAUGAGCUACAGGGACUCCUACAGUGAAUGCAACAGCAACCGGGACUCAGUUCUGUCCUACACCAGUGUGCGAAGCAACAGUUCUUACCUGGGGAGUGAUGAGAUGGGAUCAGGAGACGAACUGCCCUGUGACAUGAGGAUUCCCUCUGACAAGCAGGACAAGCUACAUGGCUGCCUGGAGCACCUGUUUAACCAGGUUGAAUCGAUCAACUGUCUCCUCAAAGGAUCUGUGAUGACGAAGGCCUGUGAGGAGAUCAAACACUUUUACUCAGACCACAGUCAGCCAGAGUUCCGCCAGACUGAAGACUGGACCGCCCGCAGUCGUUAUGUCAUCCACAAGAACAUCCAGGAGGAUCCCUGGAAUCUGCCCCACUCCAUCAAGAACCUGGUGGAGAGCCUGCAGAGAUUCGUGGAUGAUGGGAAAAACCAGCUUCUCCUGGCUCUGCUCAAAUGCACAGACACGUCUCUGCAGCUGCGGCGGGAUGUGAUCUUCUGCCAGGCAGCGGCCGGCGCCCUCUGCACGCUGGCAGAGCAGCUGCUGACGGCGUUACGCUCGCGCUUCAACAAUGCUGGAGAGUACCAGGAGGACAGUAAGGAGACCAGCCGCAAGUGGCUGGAGCAGAUAUCCGUCAUCGGCAUUCUGCUGCACUUCCAGUCUACACUGGCUCCAUACCUAAAAGCGGAGCGCACCAUGCUGGAGGACACCAAGGCGGCUCUGCUGGACUUGGACAAAGUCAGUGUGUUCUUUAGGCCUCUGGAAGACGAGUGUCUGGUCGCAAACACACCUGUGUGCUACCAGGUGGAGGGCAGCCGGCAGGCCCUGAGGGUCACCAUGUUCCUGGACAGCUGUCAUUUCAGCGAGCUGCCCAGUCGGCUUCAGAAUGGAGGCAGCCUGAAGCUCCACACGGUCCUGUUCUCCAGAGCGCUGGAGCGUCCAGAUGGCGCUUCCCCGCAGGACAGCGUGGACAUGGAGGAGUUCCAGCAGCGCAUCAAUGCCGUGUCCCUAGAGAAGGUCAAGGCCUACUACCGCAGACUCAGGGCUUUCUAUCUGGAGAAGUCCAACCUCCCUACUGACUCCAACUCCACUGCGAUGAAAAUAGACCAGAUACUGGGCCUUGAAGUUAGAGACCUUCAGCCAAGCAUUUCCAAACUGCUCAGACCCCUAAACACCCUGGAUGACCUCUGUCGGCUGAUGCAGUCGUACGUCAACGUGCGUCCGAGUGCGCAGGGCCACCCAUCGGGCGUCAGCGUGCUGUGUGUGUCCUCCGAACUGUGUAACCGGCUGGGAGCCUGCCACAUCACCAUGUGUGGCACCGGCAUGCAGAGAUGUACCCUGAAUGUGACCCUGGAGAAAGCGAUGAUCUUGGCCAGGAACCACGGCCUCCUGCCGCGCUGCCUCAUGCAGACCAUGGACAUAAUGAGGAAGCAGGGAGCAAGAGUGGAGCUGUCUGCUAAAAACCUGAAGGUGAUGGACCAGAUGCCGCCAUCAGCUCCAAGGCUCUUCAAGUUGUGUUUGCCACCCUCAGAUGGAGAACUGUGAGAGCACUUCAGAGAAUCUUCUCAUAGGGAGGCGAAUGCAGAAGUGGAGGACAUUAGGAGAGGAUGAGUUUAAUUCUCAUCUCUUCCUCUCAGUUUGACGCUGCCAGUAAAACAAGGACCAACCCGGUGUCUGCAGUACAAGCUAAGAAAGACGGUUCAGACAAACGAUACAAGGGACAACGGACCAACUAAAGCCAGACUCCUGCGGCCAAAGCAAACUGGUCACAAAUGCUUUGAGAUUAUCCUGGACAGUAUUACUACGUCUGCCGUCUUCUGACGUGAAUCUUACCUUACUUAUUUAGAAGACGAUGUUCUCAUGGAUCAGCUUGUGUUGUUAACUGGAUUAACCAAACUACCUGUAUUUGACCAACGUCUUAAAUGACAAUUUUUACCCACUUUGCCUUGGACUGCAAAAUCCGGAGAACUGCCUCUCGCUCUGUCCCCAUGCUGCAGUGUUCCCCAGGGCUCACAGUUCUGACCACAAGUCAAGAAGAACAUUUUAGCUAUGCUGGUAGACGCAGAAAGUCCAAAAGGCAGACAGAGAGAUGGAAGUAGGGACUGAGGGGCCUGAUGAUAAAAAAGAUGGCAGAGGGGGAGGAGGGAGCUGUUUUGAAUUUUUUUCCCAGCCUGUUGCAUGUGGUGACUGUGCAAUUACUGUAGGUUUAGUUUAAGUACUGUAUUGCUGCACAAAAUGAAGGAUAGCUAUUUAUUGUGUCCAGAAGGAGCGUUUUUAUCGCUUACUUACUCGAUAUCAGGUAUUAAAGAGUCUAAAAGCAUUCCAGCCUAUGUAUUGAUCAGUAUUUAAAGACCAAUGGCAUGCCAUUUCACUUGUUUUCUUUAGAUGUACCUGCUUGUGUUUCAUUUUAUUUAAUUGUGUGGAAUUCAAUUAUGUCAGUAAUUGCUUCAUUAAUAAUCAGGGCAAGGGAUGGAGCUAGCCAAUGCAAAUCAGGUCAAAAUGUAAAACAAAGAAACCAAGUCAAAACGUUAAGUACUGAAUCACUUAAAAUAUUAAUAUAUUAAUUAAUCCAAUUGUUGAAAGUUUGCCUUGUGUUUUCUGAAAUCUGACUUUUAAAUUGGCUCUUAUGUUUGUUUGCUGUAGGUGUUCUGAAAGAAGCACAGUGAUUGGUCCAUUCAGUGUUACACAAAGUACUGUAAUCAGUUUUAGGAUGACAAAAACAAACAAAAGGGAUUGUAUUGAGGAUUGAAACACAGUAACAUUAGUUUACUGGAGAUUUUAUUUUCUUGUAAAUAAAUACGUAACAUUGUCAGAGCAGAAGAUUGUGCAGUCGUUACAGAAUAAUUCUAUAAAUUAUAUUGGAUUAUUUUUAUGGAAGUAAUAUAGUAUAUGAAACAUAUUUUGUAUUGGUGACUGUGCAUUUGAAGAGACGCUGCCUGCCUGUUUCCAGCAUCACCGGAUCUGCACCUUCUGUUUUUUGGUUGUUAAAAAUGUUCUUCACCCAGAAACUUCUAUGAUUUGCUGCAUUCUUUACGCUGGUUUCUGUUUACAGCCUGGUUCCAUAUUGACAUGUUGUUAUAAUCUCACCUUUUUACCUGGAGCUUGACUCAUCCAUCAUUUUACAUGAUCAGACGUGCAGAUAUUUGUAUCAACAUAUUUUCCUGCAUGAUCUCAGUUCUGUACCUGAGGCAAAACCAUUCAGUGAUCUUGAAGCAGUCUCUGUUAGCACUGCAGGUUGCUAAUGAGUGCAGCAUGUUGGUAUAUCUGGACAAACUAUUGUCUAAUUCUGAUGGGGUUUUUUGUAUAUAUACUUCUGCAAUUUUGUGUUUGUUGAAAAUAACUGUACAAAGAUAUUCUUUUUGUUGAAUCUUUCUAAAAUUAUUGUAAAUGGAAUCUUAACAAGUUAAUAAAUAAAAUGUUCUCGUCAUGACA